AGGCAAACGAGAUCGUCGAGGUGCUGCGCCGCAACGUCGUGCAGGGCCGCUGGAACGAGGAGACGGAGGCGUACAGUGAGUUGCCUGCGAGAGCGAGGAGCCGGGCGGUGCUAGGCAGUGCGGCAGAAGUGCAGUGCGUGGAGAUGUCUGCGAAAACGCAGCGACAGCAGCACACAGAUCGCUGCGACGGCACAGCAACGACGCUGUGCGCUGCUGCAGAAGCGCAGCAGCGAGCACAUCGAUGAGCCGCCACGCUGACGCUGUGCUGCUGCUCGCCAGAGCUCAAGAUGCGCCCCGAGACGGAGCUCGGCUCCAACGAGACGAUCAAGCAGGGCCGCGCCAAGCAGCUCGCCGACCUGCAGGCCUCGAAGGGCGUGCCACGCUGCGGCGGCGCCAGCGGCUCGGCCAGCAGUGGACGUGGCGCCGCCGGGCCAUCGUCGGCACGAGCCUUCUCGACGAGUGCGCGCGCGCCCGCCGCAUCCAAGGCCGGCGGCCUGCCGCGGCCCGUGCCGACGUUCCCGUCGACGGUGCUGCUCUCCGACGGCUCGUCGAUCCAGCUCAGCACGACGAGCCCGCGCAGCAUGGUCAAGCUGACGCGCGACCCGACGAACCACCCGCUGUGGAACCCGGGCAUGGAGCGGCGCGCCGGCGGCGACGACGACGAGAGCGGCCGCCUCGGCCGCUUCCGCAAGCGCUUCGAGGGCAUGCAGGGCGCCGCUGUCGAGCAGCAGGCGGCCAAGUGGGACGCCGACGACCUGGCGUGGAUGAGCGGCGGGCGGGAAGCGCGCGCGGGCACGCCGGUGGUGGCCAAGAAGGGCAAGAAGGGCAAGAAGUGAGAGCAAUGCGAGCGCCGUGCAUGAUGGAGAAGGUGACAUUGCGAGAGCGCAGGGGUACAUAGAUGAGAUGGAAGCAGCGGAAGCGGAAGCGGAAGCGACGUCGUUACGUAGAGGCAUCAUCUUCU